CCCUUUCAACACCUGCUUCGACUCUCCCCUCUCUCUCUACCCGUCUCUCUCUCUGAGAUCUUUGUGAGAAAAGAUUCGUCUCGCGCAUCAUGGACGACGACGGCGACUGGAUCACGGCGAGGUACCUCCUCUCGUCGAUCCUCGGGCGGAACCCACUGGUCGUGGACUACGUCGACGAGGAGUCCUUCCUCGUCGACCCUCCUCCCGCCGCCGCGGGCGGCCGCCUUGCAGAGGCGCCGCCACCGGCUGUUUCGGCACCGCCGGCGGAGCGGGCGUCCGCGGGCGUGGCCGGCACGGUGUGCGCGGUGUGCACGGAGGAGAUCGUGGUGGCGGACGCCGUGGUGCGGCUGCCGUGCGCGCACUGGUACCACGACCACUGCAUCGCGCCGUGGCUCGGAAUCCGCGGCACCUGCCCCAUGUGCCGCACCGAGCUGCCGCCCAGGGACGGCGGCGAGGAGGAGGCCGGCCCCGCCGGUCGCGCCAAGCCGGCGCGCGCCCGGGCCGGGACCAGCGACGUUGCCAGCGCAAGCACCCGCGCGCGGCGGGACGCGGCGUACGAGUACCUCGCCGGCGGUGUGCUGUCGGGCUGAUCGAUGUCCCCGUGGGGGCGGCGCCGGCCGAGUGGAUCAGGCGCGUGGACCGCGUCGUCGUGUGCUCGAGGUUCGUUGUACAGAAGAAAUGGGUACUACGGGAAAGGGGAAAAAACAGAGAGAUAAUUUGAGCCAAAUUUCUCGCGCACAAGUUCAUCCAGUACUUCACUUGAGAAUUGCAAUAUCGAAAGAGGAAGAAAGGCAGGCCGUUUGCUGCCUUUCUUUUUUUUUUCUA